UGGCUGCUGGCCUGAACAAGCCCAUGUAAUCGGUUUCCACGUUAGCGUUUUGACGCUGCUUUUUUCGGGAGUUUCGUGUGGACGCGCGGCCAUCAGAUUCGAAGCCUGAUUUCCAGGGCACGAAAACGAUGCACGGAGCGUCGUGCCAUUAGCUUCAGAGGGGCCACGUGCGAUCGGUGGAAGUUGUGGGCGGAGAGUCAUUUAGCCCAAACCGACAUGUGCCAUACCGAAAGCCAUGGCAACAUCUGAGAAGAACAAAGUAGUAAUACCAAUCCUUGUCGUGGCGCAGCUUUUCAGCUCGUACCAUCCAGCGCACUGUAAAUUCGCGGGUCCGUAUUACCUGACUGUGGUUUCGGGAGGCCUAUGUUCCAAAGAGGAGGUCGGUAUUACUGGAGACGAUAUUGUUCUUCCUCUGAGGUUUCACCACCGCCGAGGCUGCAAAGACAGUCUUGUCACAGGAAACAUGACUUUAAAAAAUGGGAUAGGGAUGCCAGGAAAUACAUCGCUGUUGUUCCUCUUCGCGAAGUGGGACUCCGUGUCUGGCUGGAGGGAAAAUUACUUCCAAGUGAAUCUUGGGGAACUCUGCUACAUAAUGGCCACGUACGUUGUGGCAUUCAAAGAUCUUAUACGAAAGCACAGCCCUGCCAUUCCUUACAAGUGCCCCAUCCGCGACGACGCCCUGCCAAGCGAUUAUUCUUUGUCAGGGUCCUCUCAUCAUGGUUUCGUCUUCGCUCUUGUCGGGCCCGCGGGCCCUCCGCAGAACACUUACCCAUUCAACGAAGUGCCUACUCGCUUCGACACGCACCCAGGCUUCCCCGCCCUCCCCUACGGCCGUUUCCGAGUCCGACAGAUGGCGUACAACUUGAGGACACGCUCAAAGACGCCGCGUGGAUGUCUCCGUUGGGUGCUGGACAUCAGCGAGAAAGUCACUCGGCCGUAACAGAAUGGACAUCGCACAGUGGGCCAGAAGACCUGCGGAGGCGGUCGAAA